GUAAGCAUUGACGGGCAGUAGAGAAGUCCCAUGAAGGUACUGGACAGCCGGGUUGUGAGGUAACUGGCUGUUCGGCUUCUCGUCACAUCACUACGGUUCAUGAGUGAUAUUCCAGAUUUACGCGCACCUUCCGUUUGCGCAAAGAGGCAACACGUGACACGUUCACAUGCACUUGAGGCCUCACAAACAACGUCGCCGUAUCGCUCACAAGCUCCGCACACACAUAUUCCGUAAUCCUUGUGAUUCUGCGGGACAGUCGAACUCACUGCUACCACCAUAUCAUCCACCCAAAACACAGUAUGGCCGGGGAAGGAACCCACACUGAUUCCAUGUACGGGUGCAUAGGCACCUUGUCGAAGUUUCACGUGAGCUGCGCGACUGCGUCUAUGGCCUCGUACCCCAGGAACCAACAGACAUUAAUUAUCAUUCCAACUGCACGUUUUGCACCUCUCCCUAACACUGGCAAGAACGACCACCUGACGAAGAAGCCUGCUUUACUCAAUACUUGCAAGCGGACCAAAGAGGAGGCCACACCGAACUACUAUGCUGCGAACACCUUCCACGGUCAGAUCACGGAUACUGUCUUCAUCGCAUCCUUCAACUGGAUCGCUUCUUUGAGCCGAGAGGAAAGCAGAGCCGUCAAAGAGGUCAUUGUCCAGUACUGCCCAAGCACGGCGGCAAAGGCGGUGUGUGAGAAUGUUGUCAGCACACUCGUACUGCUGGGUGUUCAGGAUCCGGCACUGAUGAGCUGCACGUUACUCCUCCCUACUUUUCGUGAGAGCUUCUUAGAAGUCCUGCAAGCACUAGGGCGCACGAAUGAGCAGACCGAAUUCGACGUCAGCAGAUUGAAAUGGGGCGCACACAUUGCGGAAUCCCUUUCAGCCGCUGAGCAGAUGUGGUACAGGGGAUUGAUCCACUUCUCUCAAUAAGCAAGCGGACACUGCGAGCAGACGUUGAUGAAACAUUUCAGAGAAAUAUGGCUAUCAC